GUUGGCCUUCUUUCUGUUGAAUGUUCUAUACAUGAGAUGAUCAUCGGAUAAUUCGGGACUCGCGGAGUUGGGUCGUUCCCAAGUCAGAAGUCUGUCCUAGAAAAAUAAAACUUCCAGCUUUUCUUAACAACCGUUCAAACAUUGACAACGAUGCAAUUCAAAGCUUCAAUUCUCCUCAUUGUCGUUGCAUGUGGUACUCUUUCGGUGAUGGCUGCGGGUCUACCACCCAGUGAGGAUGCUACCCCUACGAAUGAUCUUAUCUUUCCCCCCUUGUGUACCUUCCCAGUCAUUGGCGUGGUACCCUGCCCUUGAUAUAAACUCUAAAUAAAUAUUACCCGAUUGUAGUUACCGUUUUCGUAAAGACUUGUUUGGCACCACCUG